AUGGCUGGAAUGGAGAACAUCGAGGUGCAUAGCAAGUCGUACCUUGUAAGAUGGGUCAAUGUCAACUCAGGACAUACCAUAUCAUGGAGCGUUCAACCCCACAAGAAAUCUAUCAACUUCGGCAUCUUCAAGCACCCCGGAUCAGCCACCGGCGCAACUCCAAACCUGCCAGCCUCUGCGACUGUCGAAGCCGGUCCUGGCACCCCGAGCCUCGAGCCGCCUACAACGCGCGGACGCGGAGCCUCGACCUCACGAAACGAUAGGACCGUCGUGUUAGAGAAGCUGGCGGCCAUUGGGCUGAAGCAGGUGCACUGGCAUGGGAAAUGCGAGGCCGAUUUGGUGUCUAUGGGCACAUACGACGUGCCAGCAGGAGAGGGUGGCAUGUACGGAUUGGUCUUUGACAACACCUUCUCCAAGACUGUUUCCAAGACAGCCACCUUCGUCCUCAUGACAUAUCCGACGAAUGCGGCGCCCAAGUCUGGCCAUCACAUGCACUAUGCGCACGCCAUGGCCGGCGCGAGCACAACGAGUCUCCCCAAAUCGAGCCCCUCUAUGGGCCCCGUCGAAUCCUCGGAAUCCUUACCACAAGCCUACGCCGAGCGACCAGGAUCACAACAUACGCAGAAACAAGCCAGUCUUUCUGGCGGCUCGUUCCUUACCGGAGUGCUGCAGAAGAAGAGGAGAAAGAAGAACCAGGGCUAUGCCAGGAGGUUCUUCUCCUUGGACUUUACAUCGUCUACCCUCUCCUACUACCGAAACGACCAUUCCUCGGCAUUACGUGGAGCCAUACCUUUGUCGUUAGCAGCUGUUGGGGCCAACGAGGACACGCGAGAGAUAUCCGUCGACUCUGGCGCCGAGAUCUGGCAACUACGGGCAAACAACGCGAAAGAUUUUCAGAUGUGGAAGAAUGCACUUGAUCGCGCAUCAAGAUCAGCGUCGGAUAGGGGUAACAUGGCCUCGCCAACACUACAAAUCAAAGACAGUCCAUUCCAAAGCCUUGGGCAUGUCAUGAAUGCGGCCGAAGAGAACGAAUGGGCAAGGGUCGAAGCCUUGGUCGGCAGAGUUUCUGGUACAAGAGACGCGGUCCGACGGCUGGCUCAGGAUACCGAUCCCAAGUAUGGUGCAUCGUCAGCGAUAAGCGUUGGCAAGGUCAAUGAUAGUCUUUCUCCAACACCCUCCGAAGCUGAAUCAGGCGACUACUUCCCAGAGCAAAAAGCUCCUGAGAAGAUGGCUUUUUGGAAACGCAAGCCGAGCAGUUCUGGCCUUCAGAGUCCGUCUGGUGGUAUUUUCAAGAGGAGUGUGUCCGCGCAAGUGGGUGCCGCAUCACCUGGGGCCGUUCCUCCUGUACCACCUCUUCCCUCAAAUGCGUCGAUAAAUGGCAGUCUUGCAGUGCCCAAGCGCAAUGGUCGUGCAAGCACAAUGAGCUACUCAAGCUACACGAGUCAUACACACGAGGAAAGCGUUCACGACAACUGCAUGGCUUUACUCAAAGAUCUGGACUCUGUCGUCAAGGACUUCUCUGAACUGAUCAGCGAAAGCAAACAACGACGGAUGCCUCCACCUGCACCUCUCUCGGCCGUGGAAUCUCGUCAUAGCUUUGAAUCAGUAGCCGAAUCCGUUGAUGAGUUCUUCGAUGCACCGGAUGGCGACGCCAACAGGUCACAGCUCCUUACCAUCCGCCGCGACAGCGAAGAGGAUAGGCGCGAACGCGAACAAUCGCCGGAUGCCGACUCGGAUGGUGAAUCAGAGUCGUCAUCAGAAAAUGGCAGUGUUGGCAUGAUGGAUCGACCUCGCAUGUCACGUGAAACUACUCCAGCGCUUUUCCCUACACGACCCAAGUCACUGACACCACUGCCGCUUGAACCCGUGAAGCGCCGCGGUACGGUCCCAGCUCCAAAGGUACAGCCUCCAAGUCUUAUCGCGUUCUUCAGGAAGAAUGUCGGCAAAGAUUUGUCAACUAUCGCGAUGCCGGUAUCAGCUAACGAGCCUACAUCUGCACUGCAACGACUGGCAGAGCAGCUGGAGUACAGCGAGCUGCUCGACGCUGCGGUGACUGCCACGCCAGAUAACGGUGAGCGCCUCGUCUACAUGGCCGCAUUCGCCAUAUCAGCAUUUAGCAACGCUCGUGUCAAGGAUCGUGCUAUUCGUAAGCCGUUCAAUCCCAUGCUCGGCGAGACCUACGAACUUGUCCGCGAAGACAAGGGUUUCCGUUUCUUCGCAGAGAAGGUUGUCCACCGUCCCGUCCGUAUGGCAUGUCAAGCUGAAGCUGCAGAGUGGACGUUUGUGCAAUCGCCAACACCGAUGCAAAAGUUUUGGGGCAAGAGUGCAGAGAUCAACACCGAAGGUCGUGUGCGUAUCUUCCUCCACGGUUCAGGCGAACACUACUCCUGGACUCUCGCAACCUCGUACCUUCGUAACGUCAUCGCCGGUGAAAAGUAUCUCGAACCCUCCGGCACUAUGACCAUCAUCUCAGAGACCACGGGCGCAAAAGCCAUCUGCACCUUCAAAGCCGGUGGCAUGUUUGCCGGCCGCUCAGAAGAAGUUUCCGUCCAAGUUUUCGACGCCACCGGCUCCGUCCUGCCCAUGGGCGCAACAGGAAAAUGGACGACCGACCUCCAACUCACAUCCAACGGCCAGCCCACCGGCAAGACAAUCUGGAAAGUAGGUGACCUCGUCGACAAGGCUGAGAAGCACUACGGUCUGACCACUUUCGCUGCUGCCCUCAACCAAGUCACGGCCAUCGAACAAGACCACAUGGCCCCCACGGAUUCCCGCCUCCGACCCGAUCAGCGCGCGCUCGAAGACGGCGAUGUGGACAAAGCUGAAGCACUGAAAGCGCGACUUGAGGAGAGACAGCGCAGUCGAAGAAGGGUCAUGGAAGAACAUGGUGACGAAUGGAAACCACGCUGGUUUACCAAGGUCGGAGCUGUGGAAGCUGCGGCGUUGGGUGACGAAGAAGUUUGGAGACUCAAGGGUGGGAAGGAUGGGUACUGGGAGUGUAGGGAACGCGGUGACUGGGGUAAUGUCCAGGAAGUUUUUGAGACUUAG